ACCUAAACUAAGCAAUUAAAUAAAACAGAUCAUACCCAUGGCAAAAAUAACUCGUAUAGCAGCAAUCUCAAUUCCAGCGUUUAGCCAUCAAGCUUCCAUUCUCGAGUUUUGCAAGAGACUCGUUCAUCUCCAUCACAACAUCCAUGUCACCUGCAUCUUCCCCACCAUUGAUUCACCUCCUCCCGCCACCAUCUCCCUCCUCCAAUCUCUUCCUUCUUCCACCCCCGUUGACCACAUUUUCCUCCCUCCAAUCAACAAGCAAGACUUACCCCAAGAUGUUCCCCCUGCCGUUCAAAUCCAACUCGCAGUGUCCCAAUCCAUGCCUUCUUUCCGUGCCACGCUGCACCAACUGCAUUCAACCACUCCCUUUGUUGCUUUGGUGGCAGAUACUUUCGCAAGCGAAGCUCUCCAAGUAGCAAAAGAUAUCAGCCUCAACCUCUCAGCUUACAUUUACUUCCCUCCUUCCGCCAUGACGCUUUCAUUGUUCUUGCAUCUGAAAACUUUGCACAACCAAGUUUCGUGUGAAUACAGAGAUCACAAAGAACUCAUUCGUAUUCCAGGUUGCAUCCCGAUCUACGGUCACGAUCUCCCUGAGCAUUUUCGUGAUAGAUCCAGCAUCUCUUACGAUCUCAUUCUUAGAUUGUCCAAGAGGUUGUUGUCUCUUGCUGAUGGUUUCUUGGUUAACAGCUUCUCAGAGAUCGAGCGAGUAACCGCCAUAGCCAUAGAAGAAGAACUCGGAAAGAAGAACACUCCUGUUUAUCUUGUUGGGCCAAUAAUACAAACUGGGCCCAAUAGUGACCCAAAUGGGCCUGACUGUGUGCGGUGGCUUGAUAACCAAAGGCCCAAUUCUGUUUUGUAUGUUUCAUUUGGAAGCGGAGGCACUCUGUGUCAAGAACAGGUCAAUGAGAUGGCUUUGGGUUUGGAGCUAAGCGGUCAAAAGUUUUUAUGGGUUUUGAGAGCGCCGAGUGAUUCGGCUAAUGCGGCUUAUCUCGGUGCUGAAAACGUUGACCCUUUGAGUUUCUUGCCACGUGGCUUUCUGGAGAGAACCGAAGGACAAGGGUUGGUUCUUGUUAAUUGGGCCCCACAGACGCAGAUCCUUAGUCACAGUUCAACCGGUGGAUUCCUUACACAUUGUGGUUGGAAUUCUACACUCGAGAGCAUUGUGAUGGGAGUGCCAAUGAUAACUUGGCCACUGUUUGCGGAGCAAAGAAUGAAUGCUGUUCUGUUAACUGAAGGCCUCAAAGUGGGCCUGAGGCCCAAGUUUAAUAGCGAUGGCAUUGUAGAAAGAGAUGAGAUUGCUAUGGUGGUAAAGGGUUUAAUGGUUGGUGAAGAAACGAAUGGGAUUCGACAAAGAAUUCGUGAGCUCAAAGAUGCUGCGGCAGAUGCAUUGAAGGAAGAUGGGUCAUCUACAAGGGAUCUUUUCCAAUUCGGAACUCGGUUGGAGAACCUUAAAAGAGGUCAUCAGACAUUUGAUGGAUUAACUUCGUGAAAGAAAACUAUUAGAAGGACAAUCGUAGAGUUGCUCGGUAUUUUGUUUUCUGCCGGCGGCAGAAGAAUUUGGAGUUAUUAUCUAUUAGUAAUGGCUUUUGAAAAAUGAUUCUAGGAAAUAAAGAGUCAUCUCCAAUGUUAAUUUUAAUUUUAAUUUUAUUUUAAAUUUUAUAAGAUAAUAUAUAAAUAUUUGUAAAAUUAUUUAUUAUGAAU